AUGAACGAUUUGCUUCAAUCUCAAAUUCACGAGAGUUGCAAAUUAGCAUUACCUGAAGGCCUUAAGGAUUUGAUGAGUGAUAUUUCUAGAGAGGUUUUACGAGCUCAACCGCAGAACCUGAACCAAUUUAUUGCAAAUUAUCUCGAAUCUCUGCUAGAAGUUAGAGAAGCAUUGGCGAUCGCGUGUCGCAUUUGUAAUGAAACGUGUGAAUGUUCUUGUGAGUCAGGGCUGAGAAGGGAAUUAAUGGCUGUAGGGCUGGAUGAAGAAGAUCUAGACAAAGCUAAGUCAAUAUUUAUAAUGCACAUUUCAUAUGAUACAGUGAAUGAACCAAGUAUCUUUAUAAAAUUGAUGGAGAAAGUCAAUAUUGACGAAUUUUAUAUACCAUCAAUUCAAGAAGCUAUCCAGAGGGCUUUUAAGCGACAGAAUCUACAAAAUAUCAAAAGUAACUACUUACAAAAUGAUCACUAUGUUGAAGCAAAAACAGCGGUUCAACAUACUAUGCAAAUAUAUAAAAGCAAACCUGAGGGUGAUCCCUGUGUUUCGGAAAUUGAAAAUAUCAUAGAACAAGUUAUUGAUGAUGAAUCAGAAAAUGAAUCAAUCUUUUCUUUAAUUAAUGAAUCUUUAACAACCAGUGAUGAUAGUAUCGAUGAAGACUUGUAA